AUGAAACAAUUAGAUGUUAGUAAUGCCUUUUUACAUGGGGAUUUAGCUGAAGAUGUCUAUAUGCAACAACCUCCAGGCUUUGUUGAUCAAACCAAGCCACAUUAUGUAUGUAAACUACAUAAAUCCAUAUAUGGUCUGAAGCAAGCUCCCAGAGCUUGGUAUGAUAAAUUGUUACAAAUUAUUCUCAUUCAUGACUUCAAACCCUCAUUAGCAGAUGCUUCCUUAUUUGUUCAAAAGUUUGGCUCAAGGAUUACAGUUCUUAUGGUCUAUGUAGAUGACAUUAUUAUCACUGGGAAUUCAACUGAGUAUAUUUCUCAGUUUAUCAAUCAUCUUAAGACAUACUUUCCUAUCAAAGACUUGGGCUCUCUUCAUUAUUUUCUUGGUCUUCAGGUGAAAAGAAAUUCAGAAAACCUUUUUCUUAGUCAAACUAAGUAUGCCUUGGACUUAUUGGAGAAAUUCAAUAUGACUGGUGCUAAACCCUGUAGUACACCAGUCUCACUCUCUACUUCACUCACUGCUUCAGCUGGUACUCCAUUAGCAGAUCCAAGUGAAUACAGAUCAUUAGUGGGUGCUCUACAAUAUCUUACUUGGACAAGGCCUGAAAUUGGUUUUGAUGUGAAUCAGGUAUGUCUUUAUAUGCAAGCUCCUACUGAUCAACACUUUAUUGCAGCCAAGAGAAUUCUAAGAUACAUCAAAGGCACCCUAGACUAUGGUAUACUGUUUUCCAAAGGUCUUUUUACAUUACAUGGCUUUAGUGAUGCUGACUGGGCAGGAUCAAUUGAUACAAGAAGAUCUACAGGAGGUUUUUGUAUAUUUUUUGGUCCUAAUCCAAUUUCUUGGUCUAGCAAAAGACAAGGUAGUGUCUCAAGAAGUUCCACUGAAUCAGAAUACAGGUCUCUAGCCAAUACCACAGCAGAAAUUGUUUGGGUUUGUCAACUACUUAAGGAUCUUCAUCUCUUGCUUCCUGCUCCACCAUUGAUAUCUUGUGACAAUCAAAGUGCGGUUUCUAUGUCAUCUAAUCCAGUAUUUCAUAGUAAAAUGAAACAUCUGGCCAUUGACUAUCAAUCAUUUUGUCAGAGAACUUGUUCAGAACAAAAACAUUCAGGUCACAUAUAUUUCAACUUGGGAUCAAAUUGCAGAUAUUCUCACCAAGGGACUGGCAGGACCAAGGUUUUCUACACUCAGAGACAAGCUAAAGGUUAUCUCUAG